AAAAAGAAUUAAUCGAACAAACAUGGUGGACGAUUUUGGUUGAAAACGUGUUCAAGCGUAACACAACUUAAGUCAUUUUACUGCACUGGUUUAUUUUGUGAUCGAUGGAAAGAGUUAACGUUUCAGAUACUGCAUCAACUUGGCAAAUUGUAACGUUUUUCAGAAAAACAUAAUGUUUGUCGGAGAAGAGCCUGAAAGAGGGGUAAGUGAUCACGAGGGACGUUUCCUCUUUCGAAUCUGUUUCCUCUCGUUUUAUAUUAUUACAAUGUCACACAUAUCACUAUGAUAUUGAAAAGAAACUUCGAUAUCCAAUCCUGGAAUACUGAUAGGCAAAAAUUCACGUAUAUGUUAUCCUUAUUUAAAGUUAAUACUUUAUACGAUAUUUUACCGAAGCGCCGGCCCCCAAAGUGGUGAUUAAUACAUGUAAUUGAGUCAUAUAUCAUUUAUUAUUAUUAUUCAUUCAAAAUCUUUCUCCGUUUCCGAUUGGCUAAAAGCACAGGCAUAAUUCACCAUAACCAGCUACUGAUGACGAAAUUUGGAAGAAUUUUGCGUUUAAUGAACCGAUGACGUCAAAAGUGCAGCCUUCAUGCAGGUUAAUGCAUCGUUAACCGAGAAGACCUGGGGGCGAGGUUGAGUUGUUUUGGUUGUGAAAACAAAAAUGGCAGACAUUUCACUUGUUUCAAGAGUAAGAACUGAGGCCCUGCCAGAGGGUGGUCCAAUGUUGCUCGUCUGAAUUUUAAAACGUCUCGUGUUGGUGUUUAUAAAUGCUUGUCACUUAUUGCCGGCUUUGCCAUCACUGUCACAAUUUGGCAGAGGGAGGUUGUCUCUUGUCGCGAUUUCAUUUUACGCACUGUCGCUACUUUUUGGGCCAUGUCGCUUGUUGGAAUUUACCCUGGCAGGGCCUCAGAACUAGGCGAAAUAAUAGCUAAAAAUAUGGCAAAAAAGCAAGAACACAACUUGAAGGGCAACAUCUGCUAUUUGGAGAAUAUUUGCAGAGCUGAACAACUCUAAACAUACACUAUCGAAGAAGAACUUAACAUCGAAGGAGGCAAGCAUGUUUUAGCUAUGUUUUUACACUAGGAAUUAUUUUAAAUGAAUAAUAAAACAAUUAGUGAAUUUGGCUUUCGUAUUGUAUGAAGGAUUAUGGAGAUCUGCCCCCCCGCCCCCCCCUCCAAGACAUAAGCGUACCAAUAUCCUCAGGGUGACAAUCAAGACAGUGAUGUUAAACACAUGUUAAUUUGAGUUUUAUUUUUGUUUUCUCUCUCCAGGAGGAUGCUCUGGAUGUGUUCCUUCUAAUGGGAAAGGAGUACAGAAUAUCUAGGAGUAUUCGAGCACAGUGGUUCUUUCAGCAAUUUAACUCCACCCUCCCCUCCCCCAAGCCAAAAGAUGAGUUGGUAAGUUUCAAAUUAAAUUAAAGUUGUUGAAUGUCUGCUAAGAACUUUAUUGUAAAUUUCAUUAUAGUGAAGGGGUUAUUAGAGUUUUCUUUUAAAAAUAGGCAUGGAAAAAUUAAUAACAUUACAGUAGAACCUUUAUAAUUAAUUCAAACUCCCCGCUAACUCGAUUUAGAUCCAGUUUCCCUUGGAUUUCACUCCACUUUCCAGUCAUUUUUACGCAGUUAACUCAAAUUCGGAUAAAUCUAACUCCCCACCAACCUUGCUAACUGGAACUAAAUUUCCUUUCCCUUGAUCACAAAUUUACCCCGAUAACUCAAAAUUGAGGUUUUCUUAACUCCACUCAGAUGCUAUCCCAUUAGAAGGGUUAAAACACUAAAAGUUCUAACACUGGUCAAAACUAAAGCUAUUUGAUUUAAUUGCUGAAACAAACAGAUCACGGGUUAUCAUAAAAAAUGCCUUGUCAUGUCAGCUGUCAUGUGACCGUUUCUGAAGAAAUAACUUUAAUAUGCACUGCACCAACACUGAAGUGCUGAACAUCAGCAACUAUCAAUUUUUAACACAUGACAAAUUGAAUUUUCCAAUUGACCCCGAUAACCAGAACCCUUUUUCAUUUCCCUUCAGAUUUUAAGUUUCCAGGGUUCUACUGUAUGUUGAAGUUCUCCAUGACAGGUUACAAACACAAGGAGGGCAGGGCUUGUACAACUUUGAUUUAUCUUGAUCAUUUAGACUUAAAAGCAAGUCAGACAGCCAGCAACCCUGCUCUUGUUAGAAAAUUGUACUGGAGAGAGUGAAAGAACUAUCCAAAACUGUUUAACUUCAUAAGGCUGGGAGGUGUACUUGUAUUUAUGGUGUGUUCUUUCUUCUAGAAAUGGAGCAAAGGAUGUUGUAGAUUAAUGAAGUAAAUGUUAGUCCUUGAAAAAUAAGUUUCAUCCUUGAAACUUCCUUGUGAAGUUGAUUAAAAUUUUUUUUGUCUGAAGUUGUAUGAACCAUGUCUUACACAGGCCUAAUUGGAUGGGUUAAGUACAACUCUUACAACAAUAUGCCCCUUUUCAGUUUAUGGCAAUUCUUGUACAUGUACAGUCUGAAUUCAUGUUUUUUUUCUCCAAAUGUCAUUUAUUGUAGGUCUUUGUUUUGUAGCUUUUAAGGAGAAUUGUACACAUGAACAUUCCAUAGUCUGGAGUAAUAAUAAUAAUAAUAAUAAUAAUAAUAAUAAUAAUAACUUUAUUAAUCUCCUCUAAAAGGCUUUUCAGCUUAAUUUACAAUGUCAAAUAUCUAAAACUUAGUUUUCCAAAAAUACCCUCAAAAAAUGCUGUUUUAUUUUUACUUUAAAUACAUCUAAAUUCGUGAUAGACUGAAACUCGUCUGGGAGACUACUCCACAGCUUUUGAUCUCUGAAGGUAAACGUGUGCUGACCUGCAGCUGUCCUACAGAGUGGUACAUUUAGGGGGUCCCUAUUCCUGGUAUUGCAGUUGUUUACGUGUAAACAUUAUUAUUGAUUUUCAUGUAGAUUGGGUCAAAUGAAGAGCUGGAAGUUUUGUCAGUCAUUCCAAAUAAUCAGCGGAAUCCAGGACCUUACAGACUUGUACCCUCAACUCAUAUCACCUUUAUUGGCAGGCGAUACCGAUUUGUUUUUUGCCUUGAUAUCAGCCCAUCAUUGGCCACAGUGGUAAGGUGAUGCUAUCAGUAUUAUUUAUUGCCAAACACAGUUGGAUGACUUUGCGCAUGAGCAGACCAUUAUUAAUUUUGUAGGCAGUUAUUUGCAGGUCAUUUGGUAGGCUUUUGGCCAAUGAAAGAGAAGAACAAUUUGCAUGGAAGUCAUAUUCUUUCUGUUUUUUUUUAGGAUAUCCAAUCAGGCACUGUUAUCACAGAUGAAGCAUUUGAAAAACUGAAGAACUGCCUUUGUGGUCUUGUUGCUCCAGUUAGUACUGUAUUCACUGCUAACUAUGUUUUUUUUUACUAUGCAACUGUUGUGGGGGACAUGCCUGGUCCAGUGACAUUAAAGCUAUGUUUCUGAAGGGGAUUUACAUGUAUGUAACUUACUGAUGCAGGGUGUCAGAGUUUCAGGCUUUUGGAGAUUUUCGUGAUCUGCCGAGGAGAAAUAGCAGGAAUUGAAUCUUCAUAACAGGGACAAUAGCUAAAACUGUUACAGUAGGUUAAGUUGUAGUCUUGAAACAUCCCUAUUGGUCAACUGUUUGAUGUUUAUUUUGCUAAUGUUUAGCAUUAGCAAGUAUCUUGCAAAUGUCAAUAGCCCUGGGAAUCCCUGCCCUCCCCUUCCUGGGGCAAGACAUAGACAGCUGCAUUACCAGUUGGGGUGAAUCUAGCCCUUGUGUUUUCCUCUUUGAUUAUACUUUCUUAAUAAAGCCUUGGAUAAAUAAUUAGUAACACUAUAAUUAUUCAGUAUCCUACUCUUUGCAACUCAAAGAAAAACAAAAUUUAAUGGAUUGAACAGUGCAUAUUAAAAUUCUAACAUGACUCCGAGGCUUUCUGGUCAUUUUUCUAUAUUUGGUUUUGUUUUCUUUGUGCUCAAGUCUCUUCUGGGAAUUGCGAGACAAUGGAGUUGUGAAAAGUUUGCAAUUUUGUCCCUAAAGUCUCAGAUAUGUAUUUUUCCAUUUCUGAACAGUUUUGUGUGCCAGGAAACUCUAUUGUGCUGUCUCCAGAGUUGUACAUCACUGUGCUGGCCUAUACAUCCAUCUUAAAUCCUGAAGUGCCACAG